AUCGUCAUCCGGGUUAUUUCAGAAGCCAUCUUAGGUUUCUUCACCCCAGAAAACGCAGCUGAAAAAAAUUUGGUGUAAAACUUUCGUUAUUUUAUUUGAUUUGAUUUAAAUAACCAACAACAACAUUAUAAAGUUGUGGUUUUUCUCUUUAGACAACACUACUUCAACAGUGGCCCUCAAUUGUGCUCGCUUUUGUCUAUUAAUUACCCUUCUCCCCAGACGUCCGUCUCCCCCUCUUCAUCCAACAUUCACAUCAACCGUUUCAGUUUUAUUGUCUUUUUCAAUAUCAACCAGGAAAUAACUUCAAAAGUCUCUAAAAAUUAUUAAUAAUAAUGGGUCGGAAAAAGAAGAAGCAGUUGAAACCUUGGUGCUGGUACUGCAAUAGAGAAUUUGAUGAUGAAAAGAUUCUCAUCCAACAUCAAAAAGCAAAGCACUUCAAAUGCCAUAUAUGUCACAAGAAACUUUACACAGGGCCUGGCUUAUCGAUACAUUGUAUGCAAGUUCAUAAGGAAAAAGUUGAUAAAGUUCCCAAUGCAUUACCUGGUCGGAAUAACAUAGAAAUAGAAAUCUAUGGAAUGGAAGGAAUUCCGGAAGAAGAUAUGAAAGAACAUGAAAAACACAAACUUGGAAAAGGAGAUAAUCGGCAGCCGCAAGCAGACAGUGAUGAAGACAGCAACAGUUGUCCCGCUAACAACACUUACUUCAAUGGAGGUCAGGUACCAGUUGCUGCAAUGCCACCUUUUGUUCCUCCAGGGGCUCCUAGUAUGCCUCCUCUUCCUCCAGGACCGGGACCAGCUGGGCCAUUAGGGCCAAUAGGACCUAUCGGUCCAAUGGCGCCAAUGCCUCCUGUUGGCCCUAUGGGACCAAUAUCACAAAUAGGAAUGCAUCCAAACAAUGGUCCUGGUAUUCCCACAAUGGCUGUUCCUCCACGUGGAAUAAUGCCUCAAGUGUCAAGACCUCCAAUUUCCUCACAGUCUAUAACUUCAACACAGAAUGCACCAGCAAAACCUCUUUUCCCCGCUGCAGCAGCUGGACAGACACAGACUAGCACAUCGCGACCAGUUGGACCAGAUUUCAAACCCACCACAGCUAUAAGCCAAGCUAUGGCACAGAUAAAACCAACAUUUCCUUCAGCAGCUGCUGUCACAACAUCAAUCUCCCCCAGUGCCACAAUAUCAGGAGCACCUAUUAUCCGUAAACCAGAAUCGGCGUCAGGGUUAACGUCAAAGUUGAUGCAUCCGGAUGAAGACAUAUCACUGGAAGAAAGACGUGCCAGUCUCCCUAAGUAUAAAAAAGCCACUCAGUCGCCUCGGCCUGUACAAGGUAUGAUGACAUCUGGAAUGCUGUCUGGCCCAAUUCUCACUCGAAUGCCAGCCACUGUGCCACCAGCGAUGGGCAUCCGUGCUCCUUACAACCCAUAUCCACGUGGUGUCAUAAUGAAUCAACCAGCAACGACAACACAAUCACCGCAACAAGCAGGGAGGUUCUAAAUGUUAUGUUAGAGCUGUUUAUUUUCUUUUCUUCUUCUUUUUUUCUUCUUCUUCUCUUCUACUUCUCCCUUUUUAUUGCCACCAACUUAGAGUGUCCACCUCAUUGGUGAGUGUCAUAAUGGGAAUCACUAAAUUCUCUAGCAGUGACAGUCUGAUUGGUAAUUACAGCAGUAAUUGGUAAGCUCGUCAAUACUAUUAUUAUUAUUAUUCUUUAGCUUGAGCUUGCUGCUGCUACUGCUGUUCUUGCUGGUUAGCUCCAGUCUUCAGCUGCCAAUCUGUUAUUCCUCCUGCUCCCUUGCCCUCGUUCUUAUUUCACAAUCAUUUUCUGACUGUUCACUCCUUGAGAGAAAAAAACAAAACAAAGCAAGCAAAUGUAUAUUUUUCCUUUUUUUUUUUUUUUGUUAAAUACCUCUCCAUUAAACAAACUUUAUCUCUUUUCCUUACAAAAAUGUCUAUUUUUUAAGAAACCUGCCUAUUAGGAGUUUUCAGUAGAUCAUAAGCCUAAUUAACCUGAUGGGUAUUGUUAUGUACAGUUUAUGCAGGUGAGGGGAUAGAAGAAGACUUUAGCCCAGCUACUUACCAUCCAACACUUGAAUUCAAGGUAAGCGUCAUUGUUUAGUCUCUUCAGACUUCCCUCAUGUCCUUUUCUUUGUCUACAGCCACUUUUUUUUCCUAUCUCCAUCACUAGUACAACCAUAGCUGCUCUCCGCUCUUAAAUUAUUGAGUUACUCAUCUGCAAAGUUCUACCUUAUUCCAUCUUUCUGAUUUCUCCUAGCAGUGAGGAGAAUGUUGUUUUCUUUGGAUUAGCGGAAUCACGUUAAUAAUUCCUUAUUUUACUGGAGAAGUAAUACAAUUCAAAGAUUUCAAACUGUUUAAUUUUAUUGAUUAGAAAACUUGAUUAGCAAUUUUUUUUUUCCAUUCACAAAAUGUUUUCUGACCUCAGGAACUUGUGGCUAACCUUCUGAUUAUGUUCAAGAAACUCUGAAAUAAAACUCUUGUGUCAAAUGUGUGUAAUAAUAAUAAUAAUAAUAAUAAUAAUUAUAAUAAUCUCAAGCAAUUCAGACCUGCAUUUGCUACCCAUGGCAACACAACUGUCAAAGAUAUGGCAUACAAAAUCCAUUCUAUUUAUUGGAUAAAAUGAAUGUUGUGUAAAUGGUGUUCGAAGAAAUAGACGUCUAUAACAUUAAACCCUGAACAUUUUUAUUCCUGACACCAUUAGUUCAUUUGGUUGGGGGUAGGGUGGGCGAUGGGGGGUAAGGUUGAAACGUGAUCCUAAAUAGGGUGGGGAUGGGAGUGGGAGGAAUGUUUAUUUCAUCAGACAUUGAACACUGCUGGAAUCUGGUAAGUGUGUGAUUUAUGAACAUAUUCUCAACCCCUCCCCCUGCCCUGCUGUCCCCUGAGCCCCCCCUACCUAUUUAAUGUAUAGCUCAUUGUGUAUACUUGGGGUAUUUUUCAUUUCUAAUAAAUCACUCUAAGGAACAAGUUUUCAA